AUGCAUGCGUGCUGCAGCGAAGCAACGCAGCUGCAGCAGCAGCAGCGACUGCAGCAGCGAUUGCAGCAGCAACUGCUGCAGCAACUGCAACAGCAACUGCAGCAGCAACUGCAGCAGCAGCAGCAGCAGCAAGUGCUGCAGCAGCUGCUGCAGCAGGAGAAACAGCUGCUGCUUCAUUUGUCUGUGACAGAGAAAAAGAACGAGACGAUGAUUUCUUUGAUAAAUAGAAAAAAGAGAAAGAGACAAAAAGACAGAGGAAAGAGGAGACAGAGACAGAGACAAAGAGAGACAAAGAGAGACAGAGACAGAGACAAAGAGAGACAAAGAGAGACAGAGACAAAGAGAGACAGAGACAGAGACAAAGAGAGACAGAGACAGAGACAAAGAGAGACAGAGACAGAGACAAAGAGAGACAGAGACAGAGACAAAAAGAAACAAAGAGUGACAGAGACAGAGACAGAGAAAAACAGACAGAUGGAGAUAUAG